CCACCCGGAUCCGGGGGCCGGCGCUCUGGCGUGGGCGGGACUGCCCCGGGGUCGCCUUCGGGCUUCGGGGCAGGGGGAGUCACCGCCUCGGAUCCCGGGGCUCCGCCUUCCUUCAGGAAGCCCGAGGCUGAGCCCCAGAGCCGCCCGGCUCCCGCCCGGAGUUCCGGAGGCGGUGGAAGGGCCGACGUGGCGGGCGUCUCGUGGUUCUGGGCGCUGGGCCGGGUGAGAAGAGCCAGCUGUCCCUUCCCGGGUCGCGGAAAUGCAACCUCAGAGUGAUUCCAUAUUCCAGGCAGUUCAAAGAAUUCUCAACCAUAAGCUGAGCUUAGUUCCAGACUUGGAAUGGCCAAAUAUCAAGGUGAAGUUCAAAGUUUGAAAUUGGAUGAUGAUUCAGUCAUAGAAGGAGUAAGUGACCAAGUACUUGUGGCAGUUGUGGUCAGUUUCGCUUUGAUUGCUACCCUGGUAUAUGCACUUUUCAGAAAUGCACAUCAGAACAUUCACCCAGAAAACCAAGAGUUAGUAAGGGUACUUCGGGAGCAACUUCAAACAGAACAGGAUGCCCCUGCUGCUGCUCGACAGCAGUUCUACACUGACAUGUACUGUCCAAUCUGUUUACACCAAGCCUCCUUCCCUGUGGAAACAAACUGUGGACAUCUUUUCUGUGGUACCUGCAUUAUUGCAUACUGGCGAUACGGUUCAUGGCUUGGGGCAAUCAGUUGUCCAAUCUGUCGACAAACGGUGACUUUACUGCUAACAGUAUUUGGUGAAAAUGACCAGUCUCAGGAGGUUGUAUCAUUGCGUCAAGAUAUUAAUGAUUAUAACCGGAGAUUCUCAGGGCAGCCCAGAUCUAUUAUGGAAAGAAUUAUGGAUCUACCCACUUUACUGAGGCAUGCAUUCAGGGAAAUGUUUUCAGUCGGGGGCCUUUUCUGGAUGUUCCGCAUCAGGAUUAUACUUUGUUUAAUGGGAGCUUUUUUCUAUCUUAUAUCACCUCUAGAUUUUGUACCUGAAGCCUUGUUUGGAAUUCUAGGCUUUCUAGAUGAUUUCUUUGUCAUCUUUCUGUUGCUCAUCUAUAUCUCUAUUAUGUAUCGAGAAGUGAUAACACAGAGACUAAACAGGUGAAAAAAUGUGAGUUUACUAAUAUUUCAGCCAGUGUGUGAAAUCAGACAGAAGGGCCGAUGGCAGUAUACAGCAUUUGACUAUUAUUGUACAAGCUUAAAACCACUGUAUGACAAACAUUUGAUUUCAUUUGGCAAAUGCCUAGCAAGAUAUGACUGGAAUUUUUACAUUACAGGUUCUAAUAUUAAGGUUAGAAUUAUAAUAAUUUACGAUUACAUCUUGAUUCUGUGUUGUCUAUAAAGUCUCUGGAAAAACUAUAGAAUUAUAUAAAAGGAUGAUUUUAUAUGUUUUUCUUUUCCCAAAAAUUAGAUUAAUUGGAUGUAUAGUAAGAUAUUGUUUUAUUGUUUAUCCAAUUUAUCCUUCUCAGUGUGUACCUAUAUGAUAAUAUAUUGCUAUGAAAUGCAUCUAAUUAUUUUUGUUACAAUAAAAUGUUGUACAGUAUUGGGGGAAAGUCACUGUGUCUUUUAGUACUAGCUACGAUUUAUGCACUUGACAGCAGUUAGGCUUUGUCAUCCUGAUAGAGUUCUUUGCUCUCAGCUAACACUGAAAGAAAGAACUUGAAAUUUAUAAUUUGAUUUCAUGUUCUGGUUUAUAAGACACUUCUUAAUCAAUAGAAGUAUUAAGUACAAGACAUUUAUCUGCAGUCAGCACACAUGAUUUUCUCAGUUGUGAAAUUUAAACAAGAAUUUGGUAUUUUUAUAGAAAUAAUACAUAAAAGUAACUUGUAAAGAGAAAUUUUUUUCAGGAACUUCUGUGAAACUUCAAGCACAUAGAAGUUUGAUGCAUUUCUGAGGAAAGUAGAUUUUCAUGGCAAUGAGCAUCAAAGACCUUGGGAGGGGUAUAGGAACACUGUUUAAAUUUGACAAGAGAAAUUACUGGUGAGCUAUGUCCAACAGAAUGGACAAGUUUGGUUUUCUCGUCAGAAAACUUUGGUAAUACCAUCCCUAGAUGGCAGCAUAUAGCCUGAAUUCCUCAGGUCUAACACAGAAUGAGCAAAUGUUGUCUGAGGCAAUUCAGUAAGAAAGUUAUCUUGCUUUUUUUGAUGGCUACAACAUAAGUACCUAAUGCUCUCAUCUGCAGUUUUUUGUUUCAGAAGAAUCAAAACCACAAGUGGUAUCAAAUCCUAACUCCCUCAGCUGGCACUGCUCAUCUGUGGAGUGGACACAGGGUCAUCCAUGCCAAGGGGUCAGUGUUGGCUCUGUCACCUUGCAGUCACCGAUAGUCAUACUGUCCAUUCAUGUAUUAGCGAGCUUCAUUAUGUAUUGAUAUGGAGGAAAAACCCAAAUCUAUUACGUUCUCUCAAGUUCAUCAGGUUAGUCAUCAAUUAAUAAGAUGCUGAAUGAAUAUCCAGAACAGUAUUUUCUAAUUUGGGUGGAGGACAAAGCUGUUGCUUGUCAUAGAGAAAACAGUAAUGCUUAAUUAUAGCACAUUAUAAUUAAAGGAUUUCUCACAUACUUGACAUCUUAUCCUUAGGACACUUGUGUGAAAAAGGCAGGGCAUCGCCUUCCUUUUCAUAGAUGAAAUCCAUAUGUCAUAGGUGAAAGUUUGGUCCGAAGCCAUUCAGAAAUAAGUGACUAAGCAGGUAUUAGAAUCUUAGUGAACUUGUUAGUAUGGAUUCAAAUAGAUGUGAAGGUUAUGAAUAGGGGAAGCAGAAGAGAAACUGGGAUCCUUGGGAAGUCUCCAGAACACACUGGAGUAGCAUCACUUAGGUGAUUCUAAGAGGAAAGGUCUAGAAAGGUUACAUAUCAAGAUUUCAUGAAUCUUAAUUCUACACUUCCAAAUCAAAUGUUCAAUAUGGUGGCAUGCUUCAGAGAGAACAUUUCAGCUGCAAUCACCAAGUUGAAAAGCUAAUGAGUUGACUUUGUUACACCACCAUUUACCAGAUUAGAAAUGGGUUUUUUGCCAAUUACAAAUUUGGCGUGGGGCUACAGCAAUGUCAUUUUUUAAAAAGGAUUUAAUUUUCUGCAUGUAUUCUGCUUCAAGUGUUGCGUUUCUAGUUACAAUUUUACUGUAAUAAUGGGAAUUCCGUCUAAGGCUUUCCCAGUAGAGGUGUACUGUACCAACUUUUGUAACAUACAAAAACGCUAUAUAAUGUGAAGUCUUACUAAACUGAAAAGGGAACAUGUGGACAUCUCAGAGUUUUUGGCCUGCUUAUUAUGUCAUGCUUACUGAUCACUGAAAAUAAACGUGAAAGAGAUCUGAGAAAGUAUUUAAAGCAAGUCGAGUCGAUCAGUGUUCUAAACAGCAUAGUAAUACUUCUAUGAUUCAGUUAGAUAAUAUAAAUCAAAGGAACAAUUUGGAUUUUUAUAAACUGCGAUAUUGUAACUUUCACAAAAACAGAUGGUCCAGCCCCAGGGGCAGAAGAUAACUUCGGGAGCUGUGUGGGGAACAAGAUGGUGGAAACAAUUAUUCUAACUGUCCACCAGAACAGUGGUUUCAGCUACGACAAUUCUCAGCAUUUGAGAGCAACAAGGGACUAAAGGACUUUUUCAGCCCCUGUGGCUGUGCGGAUACAAACAGGGCUGUUUCGGUGGACUGGUAGUUUGGUUCAAACUUUGUGACGUAGGUGGUCAAGCAAUUAUUCUUUUGAAUAAAAACAACAUAUCUAAAAUGAAAAA